AUGACUAACACCCAAUGCUGCAAGUUACAGAGACUGGCCUCCCCUCCACCUGCCCCUGCCUGGAAUAUCUCUGUAAGGUCUAGAAAGGGCAGAGAGGAAAAUGCUGAAUGGUGGCUCCCUUACCUCCUGGUGGUUAUCUUGUUCUACAGUGUGGGAGGUUCCAUCCCUCUCCCUCCGAAACUCUUUGGGGAGGUGACUUCCCCUCUGUACCCCAAGCCUUACCCCAACAACUUUGAGACAACCACGGUGAUCACGGUCCCCCAAGGAUACAGGGUGAAGCUUGUCUUCUGGCACUUUGACCUGGAGCCUUCUGAAGGCUGUUUCUAUGACUAUGUCAAGAUCUCCGCUGACAAGAAAAGCCUGGGGAGGCUCUGUGGGCAACUGGGUUCCCCACUGGGCAAUCCCCCUGGGAAGAAGGAAUUUAUAUCCCAAGGGAACAAGAUGUUGUUGACUUUCCACACGGAUUUCUCCAACGAGGAGAAUGGGACCAUUAUGUUCUACAAGGGCUUUCUAGCCUAUUACCAAGCUGUGGAUCUUGAUGAAUGUGCUUCCCAGCUAGACUCUGUAUCAGAGGAUCCCCAGCCCCGGUGCCAGCACCUGUGCCACAACUAUGUCGGUGGCUACUUCUGUUCCUGCCGUCCAGGCUAUGAGCUUCUGACAGAUGGACAUUCCUGCCAGGCCGAGUGUAGCAGUGAUCUGUACACAGAGCCAUCAGGCUACAUCUCCAGCCUGGAGUACCCCCGGCCCUACCCCUCUUACCUGCGUUGCAACUAUAGCAUUCGAGUAGAGAGGGGCCUCACCCUCCACCUUAAGUUCCUGGAGCCCUUCGAAAUUGAUGACCACCAGCAAGUAAAAUGCCCAUAUGACCAGCUGCAGAUCUAUGCCAAUGGGAAAAACAUUGGCGAGUUCUGUGGCACUCAGAGGCCCCCUGACCUUGACACCAGCAGCAAUGCCGUAGAUCUGUUGUUCUUCACAGACGAUUCAGGGGAUAGCCGAGGCUGGAAGCUGCACUACACCACUGAAACCAUCAAGUGCCCCCAGCCCAAGACACUAGACGAGUUCACCAUCAUCCAGAACCUGCAGCCUAAAUACCAGUUCCGUGACUACUUCAUUGCCAGUUGCAAGCAAGGCUACCAGCUCAUGGAGGGGAAACAAGCGCUACUGUCCUUCACAGCUGUUUGCCAAGAUGAUGGCACAUGGCAUCGGGCCAUGCCCAAGUGCAAAAUCAAGGAUUGUGGGCAGCCUCGAAGCCUGUCUAAUGGGUACUUCAACUACAUCACCAAAAAGGGAGUCAAUACCUACCAGGCUCAUAUCCAGUACUACUGCAAUGAACCGUAUUACAAGAUGCAGACCAGAGCUGAAAGUGAUGAGUCCAAACGAGGGAUGUAUACCUGCACAGCCCAGGGCAUUUGGAAGAAUGAACAUGAAGGAGAGAAAAUUCCUCUGUGUUUGCCAGUGUGUGGGAAACCAGUCAACCCUGUGGAACAGAGGCAGCGCAUCAUUGGAGGGCAAAAGGCCCAGAUGGGCAACUUCCCCUGGCAGGCGUUCACCUACAUCUAUGGGCGAGGGGGUGGAGCCCUGCUGGGCGACCGCUGGAUCCUCACAGCUGCCCAUACCCUCUACCCCAAGGAACACGAAGCACAAAGCAAUGCCACUGUGGAUGUGUUCUUGGGCCACACAAAUGUGGAAGAGAUCACCAAACUGGGAAACUACCCUAUCCGCAGGGUCAGCAUCCACCCAGACUACCGUCAGGAUGAAUCCAACAAUUUUGAGGGGGACAUUGCCCUGCUGGAGCUAGAAAAUAGUGUCACACUGGGUCCCAACCUCCUCCCCAUCUGCCUGCCUGACAAUGAGACCUUAUAUGAUGAAGGCCGCAUGGGCUAUGUCAGUGGCUUUGGGAUAACAGAGGAGAAGAUUGCUUCUCACCUCAGGUUUGUCAGUCUGCCUGUAGCUAAGCGAGAGGCCUGUGAAAACUGGCUUCAGAAAAAGAAGAGGAAUGAUGUGUUUUCUCAAAGCAUGUUCUGUGCUGGGGACCCUAGUCUAAAGCAGGAUUCCUGCCAGGGGGACAGCGGUGGGGUCUUUGCAGUGAGGGAUACAAACAGUGAUCGCUGGGUAGCUACAGGCAUCGUAUCCUGGGGCAUUGGGUGCAGCAAGGGGUAUGGCUUCUACACCAAGUUACUCAACUAUGUGGACUGGAUCAAAAAAGAAAUGGAAGAAGAGGGCUGA